CUUGGCCAAUCAAACGUGUCUCGACAAUCAACCAGUGAGCUGGAUCAUGGACGUGAUCGAGGUCGUACCGUUUGCCGCGGCGCGAGUGCAGGAACUGCAUGAGAUUCACGUUGCGAGCGGUUAUGAGCAGUCCUCCAACACGAGAAUACGCAAGAGUCGCAAAGACUUUCAUCUUCGCCGUCGAGCCAAUGCGUACAAGUCUCACAAGUUCCCCGCGCGGUUUCGAGUCAAACCUCGAGCCAAGCAGUCGGCCACUGGAGUCGAGGAGAGAUGCCGCAAACACCGCCGACGCGCCAUGCUUCGUCAAAAGUCGGAUCGCUUGGCGACGCACCAAUGGCAUGCGAAGCGCAUGAAGAUGGGCAAGGUGGACGGCAUAUGGGUUUCCCUGCAUCGCUUGGAUCGAGGGACGGCCGCGGCUCUUCUCGCCCCGUCGACCGUCUGCGACACGUCGUAUCUCUCCGUCAUUGACGUCCAUGGUCCCAAGGAGGACGUUCUGGAAGCGCUGGACUCCAUUUUGGACGAAUCUUUGACCGAUGACGUGCUCCAUGGCGAUGUCGAAGGAGCGUCCAUGUUGUAUCACGCGGAUGCAUUUCCUAUGAACGCCAUCGGUCCCGCCCGCGUCAUGUGCAAACGUAGCCGUGAUGAAGAUUCGUCUUCUCUGCACGUGUGGCUCUGGACGUAUCCGAGUAUGGUCCCGCCGUUGCUCUCCACCCUCGCCAGCCUCGACUCGCACAACGUCUGCGUGCAGCGGCGAGCUGACUUGUGUCGCUUUGAGCUCCGAGGGCCCCAAGCCCCCCGCGUGAUGACCCGCGUCUUCCAAAGCCACGAUCGACUGCGCUGGACUACCAACCAAACUCUUGAAACAUCCCGCAUCCAGAGCUGGCAGUUUACCGACCCCCGAACGCAACCUAAAGCUAGAAAGAACACUGGGAUGAGUAGCCUCGUGGACGCACCACCCGCGUCUGUGCCCGACCCAGCGUGCCCCGUCACCAAGGCCAAGCUCCCACCGACCGACGAGCUGACCGUGGCCGCCUUGAACGCCCGAUUUGCGUCUGUGCUUCGCUGGGCCACCGAGCAAGGCACGGGCUACAGCCAGCUCGUGUCGCCGACUCCACCGGACCCGUUGGCCGUCCCAACCCCCCAACCAGCCGACGCCAACAACGCGACCGACUCGAUCCUGUGGGAUGCCACCGCCAUGCCGCCGCCGUUUGUCCACGAUCACAUCGUCAACCAACCUCCACGGCGCCACAACAAUCCAUCGGACGCCGCCGUGCCAUCCUUCCCAAGCAUCACCGUGCAGAACGCCCUCGGAUGGGAUGUCAUAGUGCACGCCAAUAUGGCACCCACCGUCCUCAAAGCGCUCGUGUUUGCAGGCGCGUCGGCGAUUGGCAUGGACGAGCGACAGGCCCUUCGCACCCGCCACCACUUGCUCAACUUUCCAAGGGAUUACCCCGACACUGGCGCUGGUCGUGAGUUUUGGGAGGCGGUUCGACGAGAGAAAGAAGCCAAACACACUGCGACACCCAAAGCCAAGCGCACGCCCUUCCACGCACUUCAAGUGGCGUCGCCGUUCGCUCCGGACUGGAGACUGCUCUUCUCGAACGACUUGACGGAUUUUUGUGUCCUUCGCGGUGCAGAGUUUAUGGAGCCUUUUCCGUUCUACAACCCAUCGGCGAAACAAGACCUGGCGAUGGUUCCAACGGCCAUGUCCACGUUGAUCUGUGUGCAAGUGGCCCUGCCUCGACGGGGAACUGUAGAAGACAAUGCGAUGAUUUGCUUUCCAACAGAACGCGACGUGGCCGAGUUUGAGCGGGACGACCGCUGGCAGGGCGAGAUGGAGUUGACGGCCAAGCAAGCCAAGAAACGAAGCGACGAGAUCGAGGUACGUGACGAUAUUCACAAGCGGAAGGGUCUCCGUGAUAUUGGACCUGUAGAUGCGAUCGGUGAUGGGUUUCGUCACUUCCGUCGCGCAUGUGCGGGGGUCGCUGCGCGCCGUCGGAUUCUGUAGCUGCAACACGUUGCAACUUGUGUUUAUAAGUCAGCACAAACCCCACGGGCUGGUCAUGGUGCGCAAUCCGUCGUCCAGACAGUACCGCCCCGCCCUCUUGACCGUGCGCUGAUUAGCUGCUUUGAAGCAAACAGUUCUUGGUGUGAUUUCGUAACAUCUUGGAACCAAGGGCUGUCGAUAUCAUGUUCAAUGACUUCACAUCGAUUCUACGUACUAACUACUGUACAUGCGAGCUACAGUUAAGCUUCCUUUGCCCGUGAGGGUUUACUCUCCCA